AACCAAGGUUAGCGUGGCCAUAAUUUUUUGACCAAUCAAAUUUCGCAAUUUUACUGAUUUUACAGGCUGAAGAAGACGGGCCAUUUUACUUCAUCUUGGUCUCCAUUUUGGCGGUAAUAUACUGUUUUUAUUAGAAAUAAUACAUUAUUAGUCUCGGACGGCUUUCUUAAGUAUUAUAGAAUAGCCAAUUUUUUAUGAGCUAUUUGCUGCAGGUUUUAGUUAAUAUCUUCACGCGUAUUAUACAUUUGCUUGUUUUGGACGUAAAAAUUAAAAUUCACAACAGCAACUUUGGCUAGUCCAUGGCCAAAAGCUAUCGUCAACUUUGCCAGCUUGCAUUCGCACUUAUAAAGGCCAAAAAAGAUAAUAAAAAUAUAAUAUUAAAAUAUAAAAAAAAAUGUAUUUUCAUAAAUUUAAAUAUAAAUUAUUGAGAGCUCUACCAAUUUGACAAAAUGAAACAAACACUUAAAAAUAGGCUUUUCACUCUUACUCUUAUAACUUAUGUCUAUGUAAUUAUUAAUACUACCUUAAGACUUAAGGCUAAGUCUAAGCUAGGCCUUAAAUAUCAGUACAAUAGUAGGCCUAUAAAUUAUUAAAAAAUAUAGGCUAUUUAAUUUCUACGAUUAAUAUAUGUCCUGAUAAAUAAUAGCAGUAGCAUUUAAACGUAAAAUAUAGUUAAAGUUAAGCUUUUGUUGGUUUUAUUUAUGUUAUCUAAAAGACCAAGGCUCAGAAUACUCAGAGAUGUCAUCCAAAUACUAAAAGUCCAAGGCACAGGUUAGGGGCCAACUAUAUACUAUAUACUACAUUUGCAAAAAAAAACACGCACAUUUCUAACCCCUGCCCCACAGCAUAUAAAAAAUAGAGCCUUCACCCCCCCCCCCCCCCCCCAUCUAUAAAUAUAAAGCAUGUCACACUCGGCACUCGGCAUCUAUGAUUAUAUAAUUAUAAAGCAUGUCACACUCGGGGGUGGGGGGGGUCUAAGAAAGUGUGACACGGGUGGGGGGGAUACAGUUCUUAAAUGAUAUCAAACGUGUUAUAAUUUUAAUCAUACAAAUAAAACCUGAAAUUGACUGUUGUGAGAUAGAUGAAGAUAUCUUCUAACAAAAGAUUUAACUUUGAUUAUUAAUGCAUUGAUCAUUAAAUUUAAAUAUUAAGUAGUUAGUGUGUUUUGUUUUAGAUUAAAUUUUAAUGACUUGUUAAUUUUUAAACAAAUUUUAAUUAAAAAGUGUGAUGUAGGGUACUUAAUGUAAAUGGUUCUGAGAUUUGUGACGGGGGAGCGAGGGGAUAAAAUUUUCCAAAAAUAGCGUGACAUACUUUAUGGAAGGCCCCUAACUAACUUACAUAAGUAUUAAGUUUUUCGUUUUCUCCAUUGCAGAGAGAGAAUCAAUUAGUCUCCAAACCUUUUUCCUGUCUGUCAGGUUAAGCUUUUAAAAUAAUGGAUAAUGAACAUUUUUAUGUGGAUAACAACAUAUCAAAACCCUAUAAUUUUACACAUGUGAAAAUUUAAUCUUUAAAUAAAAAAUAUCAAAAUCCAUUAAUCAAAAUCCAAAUCUAUAUAAACAUAAUAAUAAAAGUCGGUGCGAUUUGACUGUAACCGUCAUGGAGUGUCACAUUAUAGAUAUGAGAAUGAGGAAAAUGAGGGGGCCGCAUUGACACUAAACUUUGCGGUCAUGUAGCAUGCCACAAAAUAUCUGGAAACACUGCCAUAACACAUGUUUAAGAUUUUGUCAUUGGUUUUCUCCCCUUGGAAACUGCAGCGCUUUGGUUUAGCAGAAUGAAAUAAAUUAUUAGUAUAGUUUAUAUAGGCUUUAGUGCCUUAAGUGUCUUUAGUGAAGUUACUAGGUAGGCCCAUAUAUUAAAUAUAAUAUAACCAAUUAGUUUUAAAAAUUACAAGAGAUACAUUAAAUUCAAUAUAAAUUAUAAUGCAUGCAUGAUGAUAUCCUACAUUUUUAAUCAUUUUCAAGCUACUUGUUUCUUUUCAGUUAUUCAUUAAAUGUUACCUAGUGGUAAUUAAGUGUAAAAAAAAAUGGCAGAGCAAGAGGAUUCAGGGGAAAUAAAGCAAAUCUAUACAGACAAUGAGAACGAGAAUGACAAUGAGAAUGAAAAUGCUCAGGAACAAGAGAAUGAAAACGAAAAUGAAACUGAAGACAUGGGAAAUGAUGAUGCCGUAGAUACCACAGCAGAUUUCUUGAAAAUUUUUCAAGGAAAAACUGAGUUUGACAGCUGGGAAGAAUUUUCUACACUAUUUGAAGAGUUCCAAAAAGAGACAGGCUCUGGUUGGUAAAAUCAUAUAUUUUUGUUUUUUCUGGUUUGAAACCCACUUUUACUAUUAUGCUACGAUGUAUGGUAUCAGUUGACACAACUUCUUAUGUAAUGGCUGUAUCCAAAUCUUGAUUCCCUUUCUCCUGCUUGUGAAAAAUGGAAAUAACUCAUUGUAAAUGAUUCCUCACAGUCCAGUGCACUGAAAAGUUUGUUAAGCACUGUUACUAGGCUAGGCAUACUUCAAACCAAAUAUUUAAAUAUCAUCAUAUAUCUUCUGUUGUAAGGGUAGCAUUAUUUUCUUGACAUCAUUGUGUUUUUAGUUUAAUCCUAAUAGUUAAAUUGAAAUAUAUACAGUAUUAAUUUUUUAAUAUCAGGAACUAGAAAAUAUGACCCAGUAUUACUGGAGUAAUAAUGGUAGGUUUAUUGGGCUAAUUUCAACAUGCUAUUACUAAUUCUCAGCAUCUAAAAAUAAUUUUUUUACGAUUUUAAAUUAAUCAGAUUUUGAUGUAAGAUUUAUCCUUUAAAAAAGAAAGAAAGAAAUUACGUCAUUUUCCACAUACUUGAAAUGUAUGUUUAGGAAAUAGUAAAUCAUACUUUUUGUUAUUAUACUAGUAUUUAUGGCUAGAUGUUAUAAUUUAUAACAUCAUUGAGUUUCGAUACAUUUUUAUCUUGUAUGUUAUAUAGGUCUACCCAUCACUUUUUCACGCCCAUAAACUACAAAGAAAACAUUUUCAAAAAAUUGUAAAAACAUGUACUUGAAUUUUAAAAAAAACCUUUGUACCAUUUUAAUUAUCUUCAACAUAAUGGAUUUUGAUAUUUGUUAUUUAAAGAUUAAAUUUUGAAUAGGGUUUUGAUAUAUUGUUUUCCACAUAAAAAUGUUCCCACUCCCUUUCUUUCGCACUUAAAAUGUAUUUUAAUGAAUUGUUUCUUAAUAUAAACAAAUUUUUAUCCUCGUAAAUUUGUGCCCACCCUUAUCCUCGCUCCUGAACUGUAUGGGAAUAUCUCGAUGUCCUUAGUUUCAAAGUAAAUCUUUUCAACUAUUUUCUCCUUUCAAACUUUAUUGAGUUUUGAGAUAUGGGUAGACUUAUUUAAAGAUAUAGUCAUGCUCAUAAAAAUAAACAUACCAUCUUUCCUCCCUUACUGUUUUUAAGAAUCCCAUUUAUAUUUAGAAAUACAAAGUUUAUCUUACAAGCAUAUUGUACACAAACUUGUGUGCCAUUAGGUUACUUUUGGGGAAUUUUACUUUUUGUGCUAUUGAAACAGUUCUUUUAAUUCACAUGUUCUUUUCAAUUUUUAAGAAGUAUGAGAUAUUUCCUUUUGAUUAAACUGAAAUAAAUAAGUUUAAUUACCUCACGUAUCAGUAUUUAAAAAAAUUUUCAUUCUUUUAUUUAAAAAAAAACUUUUUGGUUUUUAACAGUUGUUGGAUUUUAAAUUUUAUUCAUAUAGCAUUCAAGCCUAAAUCUGCAACCAGUAUUGAAUAUGCAAAUGAAAGGCGUGUGAAAGACAAGAUUCCAGAUCGCUUUGUUUAUCAGACAGUAAAGAUGGUCUGUCAGAGUUAUGGCAAUCCCAUUAAAAGAGAGAGUACUUCACGCAUAGUUAAAAAGUAAUUUUAAUCAUGUUAAAUUUAAUAAAAUUGAAUAAAUAAAUUUAUAUUUUCCAAUGUAAGUGAAAAGAUUGCCUGGUAAUUGUAAUAAAUCUUUAUUGAUACUCAUUAUUAAUGAAAGUUUCUUUGAGGAUUUUACUCAGUUUUUCUAAUGAUAUACAUAAUUGGCGGCUCGACAAUAAGAAUACCACUGAUACAAUUUUGAUGUUUACAAAUGUUUAGUCUGAUGCAGUUAACAAGUUACACUCACUUUGUAAUCUUUUGAAACAUAGAUUAAAGCACAAUGUUUUUCUUUUAAUGUUUCUUUCUUUUCAGAUAUGUUGGCUUGGGAUGUGAAGCAAUGGUUCAUUUACGUUACAAGGCAGGAAGUCUUAAUAUAGUCAGCUGUAAUUUAGAACAUAAAAACCACAAACUGUUUUCCGGAAAUGAAAUAAUCAGGUAUGGUUGAAGCCAUGAAAUUUCUUUUAGAAUUUUCCACCUGGCUUAAUAAAUUCACUUUGCUUAUGUUAUUUUAAUGAUGGAGAAUGGGACUUUAUUGGUUAAAUAAAAACUAUAAAACCUGCUUGAUUUUAACACAAAUUUCUUUCUUUGGUGUUUAAAAACCAGCAGGAGUGUGCGCUCAUUUUCAUUUACGGAUGACAUAGACUUUUUAAUGGCAAAAGUUGUGAUGGAACAUAAUCCAUUCUCCACAUGGAAUUCUGAGAAAGAGUGGUUAGCUCUUGUUGAAGACCUGCAGAGUCGAGAUCCACGCAUGAAAACAGUUACUGUCAGAGUUGUUAAGAAAAGGAUACGGUUUUUAAUUGACAGAUACAUGGCCAACAGCAAUGGAAAGUAAGUUUCAUCUGCAUUCAAUCUCUAAUGAAGUCUUCUUUAUUUUAAUUAUAUUAGAUUAUCAGAGUCUUGAAAUACUAAGAGACUUAACUUUUGGUGCCUUCAACUUCAAUUGUAUCUCAACUGUGGCAGAGUAUUUUCACUGCAAAGAGAGCAACCAUUUUUAUUUAGUCUCAACUCAUUGAGCUCUUUGGGUUAAGAAAGACAUUUCUUGAGCACUAAAUUAUUUGACACUUCAAAAAAAAAUAUUAUUUAAUUCUCUGAAUAUUAAAUAGAAAUCUGAAAUUUUAUGACAUCAUGAUAAAAUUUAAUUGUUGAUGAUACUUGGACCAAUGUCUGUCUGUUGCAACAAAUUUAACCACUUGCUCCUGGUGUUUAUAUUACUAAACCUAACAAUGACGCUUUAAUACCCGGUACAUGUGCUAGUAUUGUUUUACCGGUAAUUUUUAUUCCAAAAGCUAAACUUUUUAGCAAUGUUUUUUUUUAAAUGGCUCUUAGGAUAUUUUUUUUAAAUUUCAUAUUUCCAAAAGCCCUGUGUCCUUAUCUGGGUUGUUGAAAUUACAAUGCCUGAAAUAAAUAAAAAAUAAUUUUGUGGCUUUUCUAAAACUGAAGUCAGAAAGUUUGGUUUACAAAUGUAUUACAAUUAUAGUACCAAUAAGAUAUUUAAAGGAUAAGAUGGAGAUUUGUCCAAAAAACAUAUUAUAAGGGAAAACUCUUUUAUUGUACUAUUUAUAAUUAUGUAUUAAUUAACUUAACCUCUUAUUUUCAGACCCCCACUUUCUGAUGAUGAUAUGGGAAUUAUUCUUUAUGAGCUUGCAAAGGCCAAACAAGAUGCCAUUGAUAAUGUGCCAAAGCAACCAGUCAAGAAAAGAGGAAGAGGACGACCAAGGAAGAGGGAGAGAGAGGAAACUGAGGAUGAAGAUGAGGAUAUUAAUGAAUCCCAUGACUUUGACGAUUCUCCAAAUUUUUCACCUGGUAAUUUGCAUAGUUUUUUGUGUGCUUGAAAUCAGACCUACCAAAGUUUCAGCCAGUUAAUCAGUUUUUAUUAAUUAAAUGCCAAUAUUUAAAAAUUAAAAAUAUGCUCCCACCAGCGUGUUAGUGUUUACUGUUUCAGAAUGCGUCACCUUUUAUUGACAUAAACAUGACCAUGUAUGACAUAACCACAUUAUUUCUUGUUCUAGGUGCUUCCUCCCCUGUAAAAAAGCCAGUAAGAACAACUUACACUAGAUCAUCCACAUCAUCAGGCACAGAUACAUCAGCUUUUCUCCGAUACAUGGAAAGGAAGGAUGAAAAUGACAGAAAAUUAAGGCAAAGUGAAAUAGAUCUCCGCAGGGAAGAACUCGAACUUCACAAAAAAGAACUUGAAAUAAUGCGGGAAAAAUUUGAAUUCGAUAGGAUUGAAAGGCAGGCCCACCUUGAGUUACUGAAAUCUCAGCUAGAAGCGUUUACUGGCCACAAGGCAAAAAUUGUUAUUCCUGAUGGAAAAGUAGAUGGAAAUGCAGUCACAGAGUACACAAUAGUUGUAAAUAAUGACCAAGCUUUUGGGCCACAAUGACUAAGCUUGUAGAACUGCUUGUAUUUGCUGUUGUCUCAACUGUCUGUGCACGUAACCACCUGACAUUCUAGUCCCAAAGUUUUAACCUACUUCUUCAAAGCUUAAAUAUUAAUUUAAUAGAAAAACAAAUUGAAAUUUGUAUUAUCUUUUCCAAAAAAAAAAAGAAGAAAAAAAGCAUUAUAAUUACAGUGUGUCUUUUAUUUUUUUAUUUGAUUUACAAUUACAGCAUAGAAUGACUUUCAACACAGUUCUCACCAUAUUAAUUUACUAAACUUAAUUGCAGAAAGCUUGUAUUUUAUUAAGUAUAUACUGAUUUAUAGAAUCAUUAGGAAUAUUAUUAAAAAGUAUUGUCUGCUCUAUAAGGGGACUGAUGUGUCUAAGUACUAUUCCUACAUAUAAUAUAUCUGUGCUUUCUUUUCACAGUUUCAUUUGAAUAUUCUUAAUCAGGUAUGCCGAGUUUGUAUAUUUUGGGUACUAUUUCUAGAUAUUCUUCCACAUCUGUUGUGUCAGUUUCAGACUUUAAAGACACAUGCAUAAAACCUUGAUGCCAAAAAAGCAUCACAAAAUCUAAUUUUGUCAAUAUUGCAACCUGAUUUGGAAAAGUGAGUAAACCCGUCUGCCUAUUAUUGAGUGUUAAUCUCUAUUCUGAACUAUGAUUUGUGCUGGUGUGAGAACAAAUACGUGACAAAUAUUGCCUGACAUAUCUUUGGUAUCGAAAAAAAUUUGAAUGUUUGUUCUUGGAGAUGCAGGUGUCAUUUGUAUUGUAAACAUUUCUGUAAAUAUAAAAUGAAAAUGAGCUUGUUUGUACAAGAGUGUGUAUGACUAAAAGAGUUAUCUUCAAAUAUGAGUCUAAUUUAAGAUAGGAAUUGCUUAACAAUUGUAUAUUUGGGUGAUGAUUCAAGUUUUAUUUAAGUUAACAGUGGCAUGUUCAAUUCAAAGACCAGUCAGUACUGUCAGGGACAAGCAGUAAUAUACCAUGCUAUCCCCAAAAUGAUUCCACUAUAUGCACAUUUAUUAGACUUUUUAUAUGUGCAUGUUCAAGACAAAUAUGACAUUAGCUUCUACUCAGACAUUACAGCACUGGAAAGCUAAAUUUUAUGAUUUUGCUUGUAAAUAAAAAUGUUCAUACAACAAGGAAUCCAAGGAUUGAAAUUACAUACUUUGCCAAGUUCUUCUAGAUAUUUAUAUAACCAAAACAAAAUGAGUUUAAACAAAAAUUUCAGCAUAUAUGGCGGCAUAUUUUAAAUUGGAAUCGUUGAACUUUCAGGGAUGUCACUCUGCAAUAUUCAAGUAAAUUUGUUUAUAAUUUAAAAAAUUCAAAUUGAUGUUCAAAUAACUGUUCCAUUCUAGUUCUAGAGGUAUGAUGAAUAUUUCGUAAUGAUGCUAGGCUAUUUGAACGGUGUACAGCAUGCGGACUCAGGUGUAAAUGAUAUGUAUAUAUUUUAACUUACAGUGGAGAUUUUAAUUAGUUCCCACCAGGUCUCCCUCUCAUUUGUUAAAUCAAUCUGAUACUAUGUGAAAACAUAUGCGUGGUAUCUACCCCGUUAUUAGAAAUGCUGUAAAUGACUGCAGGUGGAUAAUCUUUCUCUGGGCUCUGUAAUAUUUUAGUAAAAAGAAAAUUUAAUCAUUGCCAGCAGGGACUACAUUGUUCUCACACCGUAAGCUUUCUUGUUGGGAGGGGAUGCAUCUUUCUCCUAGGUCCAUAUUAAAGGUUUGCAACUAAUUGCUAGCGGAAAGUUAAUCUUUCUCAUGGCUCUGUAAAUAAUUCUGCAUUUAUUACAUACCAGGUACAGGUAUGUAGAGGUACAGGUUGUAAAGUAACUGAUGAAUCAGUUGAUUAUAUUUUGGUGCUAGUGCUAGCCAUUAUUUCUAAUGGGGAUGAAUGAGGCAAAGCAACUUUUCUGUACUUUUAUUACAAAGAAGCAACAGUUUUAUGUUUCUUUAUAAAUUUGAUUUAAAUUUAAAGUGUUCCAAUUGAUAAAGUAGUAAUACUACAAUAUAUAAGAUGGCAUUAUUUGGUUAUUUUAUUAAAAAAAACCUCUAAACACUUGUACAGGUAUUGACAUUGCAAUCGUAUUUUCCUCUAUAGGAGGGUGCUCUAAGUUUAAGGUCUUGUGCACAUGAAAAUGGGGGUUAAUUCAUUUAAGUAAAAUGAAAUUCGAUUUCAAAAUUUUGUUAGAUCUUUGUAAGACCUGUUUUUUUCAUUGUUUUACUUCAGAUUUAUGUUAUACAAUUGUUGAAAAUAAACCAACUUAUAUUAAUUAUAAUAUUGAUGAUUAUUUUUUAUUGUUAUUGCCUACUACUACUACACAUAAUUAAAAGUAUACAC